AUGCUUCGAAAUAAUGAAGACGAAGAUGAUGAUCUUAUGGACAUCUCUAAUUCACUGAAUCCAGUAGCUGGCGAUAUUUUAGAUAACGAUGCCGUUGUUACUAUUGAUCAAGCCGUUUCAUUUUCAUCAUCAUCGUCUGAUGCUGAAUUAUAUGAUGAAGCUGAUUCAAAUUUAUUUUUAUUAUUUUUUAUCUUUGAACUUCUUAUGGCUGUUAUUUCUAUUCAAAGGCAUAUAUUUGUAUUUCAACCACGUCUGUUAAAUAUUCGUUUAAAACGUUAUGUAAUAUAUUAUUUUCCUCUAUUGUUCUGUUUGAUCUAUCCACCUAUAUUUUAUUUGAUUAUUAUUGUAUUUUAUCCAUGUGAUGGUACUCAAUGGGUUUUUUCAUCGAAUUUAUGUGGCUAUGCAAAUUGUUAUCUUUUGUAUAAUAAAAUGCUUUCUUCGUUUGCUUGGGUAAUAAACAAUGGUCUGCCGAGUAUUAUUAUCUUUCUAGCUAAUGUAGUACUUGUGUUUCGAGUGAUACAACAAAAGCGUCAUCGACAACAACUCAUUUCCUGGAAGAAACAACGACGUAUGGCAUUACAGUUACUUGCUAUUUCUAGUGUCUAUAUGAUUGGAUGGAUUCCUAAUCUUAUAAGUGGUGUUGGUCAACGAAUAAUCUCUCCAAAUUUCUUAGCUCAGAUUCAAUUAGAUUAUCUUCUUGAUCUUAUAUACAUCGUUUGUCUCAGUUUACCUUGGGUAUGUUGCAGAUUAUUACCUGAAUUUAAUAAAUGGAUUUGGAAAUUAUUUUGCUCUGGAUAUGUCAUACGGAAUGAUGUUAGACCCACAUAA